GCCUGGUUGUCCUAUAAAAGGCACGCGCCGGCGUGCGGCCCUUCUCUCACCAGGCGUCCUCGUAGGAGUGACAUCGUCUUUAAACCCCGCGUGGCAAUCCCUGACGCACCGCCGUGAUGCCCAGGGAAGACAGGGCGACCUGGAAGUCCAACUACUUCCUCAAGAUCAUCGUAAGUGCGGAGCGGGCUGGGGCGGUCGCUGGCCACAGUGAUGUGCAGCUGAUAAAGACUGGAGACAAGGUGGGAGCCAGCGAGGCCACACUGCUGAACAUGCUGAACAUCUCCCCCUUCUCCUUCGGGCUGAUCAUCCAGCAGGUGUUUGACAAUGGCAGCAUUUAUAACCCAGAAGUGCUGGACAUCACAGAGCAGGCCCUGCACUCUCGCUUCCUGGAGGGUGUCCGCAACGUGGCCAGCGUGUCUCUGCAGAUUGGGUACCCGACUGUAGCCUCUGUGCCGCACUCCAUCAUCAAUGGGUACAAGCGUGUCCUGGCUUUGUCUGUGGAGACUGAGUACACCUUCCCACUUGCUGAAAAGGUCAAGGCCUUCCUGGCUGAUCCAUCUGCAUUUGCGGCUGCUGCCCCUGCAGCUGCUGCCACCACUGCUGCCCCUGCGGCUGCUGCAGCCCCUGCCAAGGCUGAAGCAAAGGAAGAGUCGGAGGAAUCAGAUGAGGAUAUGGGAUUCGGUCUCUUCGACUAAUCCCCUCAACACAACCAAGUCAGCCUGCUUAAUUUGAGAAAGAUGGAAAUAAAGGCUUACUUCUCUUAAAA